AGGUGUUGAUGAACUGCUGAAAUUAAGAGCUGGUUACUGGUUCAGGUUACUGCCACAUUGCCUUUGUAUUCUGCUUUUCUUCAGUGUUGCAUGUGAGAAGGAAAAAAGAUAAUAAAUUUAUUAAUGGAUAUUAUUUAGUAGUGAAACAGAAGAGAAAGAACAAGAUACUAGUGCAGAAGGAGUUGGAAAUAAGCAAAUGGGGAAAUAUUAGGGGAUGCUUUAUUCGCAUGCAGAGUUACUUAGCUAGAAGAUAUGAAGGACUACUGUAACAUCAAGAAUGAUAUCACUGAGGCAAGCUUUUCUCAAGAUUUUCAAUUUUCAGGCGCUUUAAUCAUCUUGUUCUUUUUUUAGUUGAGACUCAGAUUCUUCUACAGUUAAUAGGCAAUACUCCGAUGGUUUAUCUCAACAAGGUUGUAGACGGUUGUGUGGCCCAGAUUGCUGCCAAGCUUGAAAUGAUGACACCUGCUUAUAGCGUUAAAGACAGGCAAGGACUCAAAUUACUGCAUUCUCUUUCUGAAAAUUCUCCUCCUUUUUUCAGAUUUAAUACAAUGAUUUUGCACAUUUCUCCAUGCAGAAUUGCAUACAGUAUGAUCAAAGAUGCAGAAGACAAAGGCUUGAUUACUCCAGGAAAGACCGUGCUCAUUGAAGCUACUGGUGGUAAUACUGGGAUUGGAUUGGCUGCUGUUGCUGCAAUGAAGGGUUACAAACUUAUAAUAGUAAUGCCUGCUUCAAUGAGUCUCGAAAGAAGAAUUGUGGUUCGAGCUUUUGGAGCUGAGCUUUACCUUACACAUCCAACCAAGGGGAUCAAAGGGGCAAUUCAGAAGGCAGAGGAGAUGCUUAGUCAAACUCCUGAUGGCUAUAUCCUUAACCAAUUUGACAAUCCUGCCAAUCCACAGGUUCAUUAUGAAACCACUGGUGCAGAAAUAUGGAGAGACUCAGGGGGGAAAGUUGAUGCGCUGGUUGCAGGGAUUGGGACUGGUGGUACUGUAACUGGAGCUGGUAGAUUUCUCAAGGAGAAAAACCCAGAGAUUAAGGUGUAUGGUGUUGAACCAGUUGAGAAUGCAAUCUUGAGCGGUGGCAGACCUGGUCCACAUCUGAUACAAGGAAUUGGCCCUGGUAUCAUUGCCAGCGUUAUGGAUGUUGAACUGCUGGACGAAAUUGUUCAAGUAUCAAGUGAGGAAGCCAUUGAAACGACUAAGCAGCUUGCCUUAAAAGAAGGCUUAUUGGUCGGAAUAUCUUCCGGUGCUGCAGCUGCUGCUGCAAUAAAAUUGGCAAAGAGACCUGAAAAUGCUGGGAAACUCAUCGCUGUGAUAUUCCCAAGUUUUGGAGAGCGAUCUCUAUCUUCAGAGGUGUUUGAUUCCAUUAGGCAUGAGGUGGAAAACAUGACUAUUGAUUCAGAUGUUAUUACUAGUUUGCUGUAAUUGUUCUUGAAAUUUGUACCCAUAAAUAUUGCCACUUUUUGAAUGUUGCUGUUUACAUUUUGGCCUUGACCUGAAAUAUUUCUGAUUUACAUAAUUGAUUUAUGGUGCCCAGCAGAUUUUCAUGCCAAGAAAACAGUAUGUAGGAGCAAAAUGUUUAUAGCCAGAAGAAUUUUCAUAAGAGCAACAUGUUUCAACAAGCUGCAGGCUAUUAACAAAAUUGAGAAAUAAUUUUCCAGAAAUAUGUCUGCCACUUAUCUGCUUAGUGAGGAUAUUUAAAUAUUUUAAAAACA